CCGACAGAAAAAUUCGGCACUGGGAUGCUCAGCUGUUAUGUAACGUAGUGCGUUCACUGCGUUGGGAAUUACUUAAAAUAGUUAGCUAUUAUUUAAAAGAAAAUGCUGUGUAGUAAGGCUAUGCAACAUGGAUUGAUCCACCAUGUGGGAGUUGCAGCUGCUGCCUCCGGCAUCAUGUGCCGUGUGAUGAGUGCCUCUGCAGCUGCAGAAGCCGUGCCAGAGAAAAGAAUUAAGAGCAUUUCUGUGUACCGCUGGAACCCUGAGACUCCUGGUGAUAAGCCUCGUAUGCAAACCUAUGAAGUUGAUCUGAACACCUGUGGGCCUAUGAUGCUGGAUGCUCUACUGAAGAUAAAGAAUGAGAUUGAUCCUACCCUAACCCUGCGGCGCUCCUGUAGGGAAGGCAUUUGUGGUUCUUGCUCCAUGAACAUUGGUGGAGUCAACACCCUGGCAUGUAUCAGCAAAAUAGACACGAACCUGAGCAAGACGACCAAGGUGUACCCUCUGCCUCACAUGUAUGUCAUUAAGGACCUGGUGCCAGACAUGAACAACUUCUACGACCAGUACCGUAGUAUCCAGCCCUGGCUGCAGCGCGACGACGGACUCAAGCCAGGCGAUAAGCAGUACCUCCAGUCCACUGACGACCGCCAAAAACUUGACGGGCUUUAUGAGUGCAUUUUGUGCGCGUGCUGCAGCACCUCGUGCCCUUCAUACUGGUGGAACGGAGACAAAUACCUGGGGCCUGCUGUGCUGAUGCAGGCUUAUCGGUGGAUCAUCGACUCCAGGGACGAGCACACCAAGGAGAGGCUGGAUAAACUGCGUGAUCCAUUCUCCGUCUACCGCUGCCACACCAUCAUGAACUGCACCAAGACAUGCCCUAAGGGUUUGAAUCCUGGCCGGGCUAUUGCUGAAAUCAAGAAGCUAUUGUCGGGCAUCGCCAAGAAGGAUGAACCCAAGAUCAAGCCAUUAGGCGCGUAAUUGAUGGGAUGCAACGAAUUGAAAUCUUCACGUAAUUUGAUUUAUAUGUGCUAAAUAUGUUAGCAUACAGAUGAAAUAUUUUGAACUUGUGAGUUUUAAUCCAUGGAGACUUCUUAGGCAAACCUCUUUAUCAAUUACUGUAUGCAUUUCCUGUUGUCAUUUCUUGUUUUUAUUUUUACUCGCCCGACAAAUAAGUCCAAAAUCACAUUUUUCUGUGCCACUUUUAAAGCUCCACCUGUUCUAAUGCUACGGACUUCCAUUGUAUGAUUGGAUAUGAAAGACGAAACGAACUGUACAGAGCUGAUAAUAAUAUUAUUAUCUGAAACUUC